UACAUCGCUAACAAUGAAUAUUUUACCAAAGAAAAGAUGGCAUGUUCGAACGAAAGAGAACAUUGCUCGUGUACGUCGGGAUGAAGCAAAAGCUGCAGAAGAAGAAAGAAUUAAGCAAGAACGUAUUCAAAAAGCUGAAACAGAAGCGAGAAUAAAUUCGUUAAGGGAUCAGGCAAGAUCCAAAUAUGAUGGUCGUGCAGAAACUCAGAGUACCAGUAAAAAGUUGGAGCAUGUCAACUUUUUUGCUGAGCUUGAGGAUGGAAAAAUUGAUUACAAUAAACCUAAUGUGGAACAUGAAAAGGAAAAGAAGGAGGAGAAGGAAAAAUAUGAGAAGCAAAUUGGAUAUUUGACAUAUUUAGGACAAGAUACUAAUGAAGCAACUGGAAAAAAAAAUUGGUAUGAGGAAUUACCGAAAAGACUAACAGAUACAGAAAAGGAUGUGGAAGUAGAAACAAAGAAGAAAACUUUAUGUGAUCCAAUGGUUGAUAUAAAAAAAUAUCUAGAUAUUAUGCAACCUAAAUAUAAUGAGACCUGUUCAAUAAAGAUAGAAAAUGUUAAGAGAAAGCGUCAUAGCUCUAACAGUUCUCAUUCUGAUCAGGAAAGUCGCAGUAUACACAAAAAACAUAAGAAGGAGAAAAAACAUAAAAAGCAUAAGAAGGAAAAGUAUAAACAAUUGGUGAAGAAAGAAGAUCAGAGUAAGAAUAUAGAUAUAGAAAAAUUAAGAGCAGAGAGAAAGCUUAGGGAACAAAGUGAAAAACUAAGGACUGAAGCGUUAUUAGCUAAAUUGAGAGGUGAUCCUGUGCCUGUCACAGUACCAGAAACUCCUAAACCUGCUAUAAAACAGAAAUAUAAUUCUCAAUUCUUUCCUGAAAUAGCGAGACAAAAUGUAGAAAGAACACCUAAAUGCACGUAAAAUUGUAUUAUUUACACAUUUUAUUAGGAAUUGUUAAUAUUAUGUCUAUUAACAUGUUAUAUGUCAAUAUAAUUAAGUAUGUACAUAUAUGUAUCGGAUUUUGUACAAUAAAUAAUAUGAGCAA